AAAAAAACCCCUAACCCUUCGCCAUUUCAUCGAGAAGAAAAACCGCCCCGUGUUCGUCUCCUCCCCCUCCGGCCCUCCCCUCCCCUCCCCCGAUUCCAAACGGGAAAAAAUCCGGUCGAAAAUGCAGCCCCCGCAGACCCCCAUUCCGCCGUGGGGGUCGAAGUCUCGCCGGGAGCUGCAGCCGUCGCUGCUCAGCCCUUCCUACUCCCGGAAGCCGUUCCAAGCCGCCGCCGCCGCCGCCUCCGAGCACCCCUGCGUCACGCUGUUCGAGUGGUGGCUGGAGAGAGUGGAAGGGGAUGACCAGAAGAUCGCCGUCGCUGGGAAAUUUGAAAGGAAUGAGACAGUCCAGCAAUUCGAUGCUGCAACCAUUUCAAAGCGCCACGAGGCUUGCGUUCUUGAAACUGAAGAUGGAAUUAUACUUCGCAUCUAUGGCUCGCUCAGCCUUUCCAAGAUGCGUGCCAACGGAUAUUCGAGUGAGGUCUGUGAAAAGUUCAUAAUCGGAUUUCCCUACUGGUGGGAAAAUUGGAACCAGCUUUAUCCCAAGAUGGCACAAACAAGAUCGGAUACAAAACAAUUUUACUUGCAGCAAUUUCAGCGGGGGCAAAAAUUUGAUUCAUGUGGAACAUCUUUCCUCAGCGAACUUCGUAAUAGUGUUAAAAAAUCCUCACACAAUGCUGCUGCCUUCCAAAACUCUUCGCAUUUGCCAAAUGGGGCACCGAGAUUUGAGGAAUGCAAUGAUAGUGCUAUAAAUGAAAAUGCUGCUGUCUCAAAUGAUUCCGGAGAAAGACAUGAAGCUGCACGUAAUGAGGCACCAAGAUUUGAGGAAUGCAAUGAUAGUGCUAUAAAUGAAAAUGCUGCUGUCUCAAAUGAUUCCGGAGAAAGACAUGAAGCUGCACGUAAUGAGGCGUAUAAUGUGGAAACAGACUUGAUUGCAUGCAGAGCUUUAAGAGAAAGAGAUGAUGGUGACAUAGAUACUAAUGCAUCCUUAGUGCAUAUAGUGGAGUGUGCUAAUGAUGCUAGCAAUGAAGAGGCUGAUAAUGCUACACCCACAAGUACAUGCCAUCAGCGAAAAGCUCAUCAUAUUGCAUUGCAUAAGAAGGCAGAAGUAAAUGAAAAUGUGCCAACUUUUGUUUGUUUAGACGUGCAAAACUCCUCCAAUCUUCCUAAUGGAACACCAAGAUUUCAGGAAUACACAGAUCCAGUGGUUCAAUUGAAGGCUCAAGGUUGUUGUGAAAAAACUCUGCACAUAGCAUUGAGUAAGAAGGCAGCAGGAGAUGAAGAAAUGCUAACUUCAGUUUGUUUAGAUGUGCAAAACUCUUCUGAUCUGUCAAAUGGGACACCAAAAUUUGAGAAAAACACGUGCAUUGGUGAUAUUCCAACAAAUGUAGAUGCUGCUGCUUCGAAUGGUAACAGUGAAAGAUGUACAGCUGUAUCCGAGGAGGUGAAUAGCAUUGAAACAGGCUUGACUGUGGGCAGCACUAUAACAGAAAGUGGUCAUGAUGACAUUGCUACUAAUGGUUUUUCAGCUCCUACAGUGGAAUGUGCUAAUGAUGCAGUCAAUGAAGGGGUAGACAAUACUUCACUCUUAGGUUGUACAAAAACUCCAGUGGCUUCUUCGAAGAGUCAAGGCUGCCAGGAAAAACAUCAACACAUACCUUCAAAUGACAAGCAUUCAGGCCCACCAAAGAAGCAAAGGUCUGCACUUGAGAAGUUGCAGGGUGCUACAAGAUCUCCAUUCGCCCGCCCAGUUCCAUAUGCCCAUGAGUCUCCGCUUACUCGUGGUAGGGCCACAUCAUUGUCAAUUUCAACACCUGAAGCUCUCAAACUGAGAAAAACCAGAUCGGGUCGUCUAGUUGUACCCACUUUGGAUAUAGGAUGCCAAAGGAUUGUCCAUGACUGGGACGGCACGAUUGCUGGUGUCAUUGGUCUGGAUUCACCAUCGCCCAAAGGGAGCAAGCUGAAAGCAUAUGCAAGGAGGAAAAGAGAGGCCGAGCCGAGCAAGCGGAAGAAGAGAAGGGCUCACUGAGCAAUUCUCCCAGAUGCGAUUCGUAGGAUUUAGGACUUAAGGCUUCAGGUGCAGGAGUUGGUUGGCUUUCGGUAGAUCUGUGCGAAAGCCUGUCUCGCCGCUGAUCCUAGGCGUUGGCACGGAUUGGUGUAUGAAGGCUUUUUUUAAGCAUGGGACGGUGUAACCAGUGACAGUGCCACCUUUUGCUGCAAUUCUUGACCUGAGACAGCAUCUAGUAUUACUCCCUUGGCUGCUUGGCAACCUUAAUUGCCUGCCUGACUACUAGUGAGUGGUGAUCUGGACAUGCUUUGGUUGCAGAAUGGGAUUCUGUUGCAUGCUCCGAAUUCUUUACCAGAUC